AUGUAACUUAACACUAUAGUAACAGGCAGAACUCCUUCCUCCUAGAGUGCAGCACUUCUGGACAAGAACAUCACAUCACUCCUGCACAAACUUACCUAAAGAGAAGCGAGUGAAGACAGAGGAUGGGACUUUAAACUGAAGCUUCAACAUGAAGACAGACUUUUAAUGUGACCUCUUACAUUAGUGUGUGCGUCGUUUCUCGGUGGAGCAACUUUACGCGUUUGCACUGGAUGCUGAGAUGCGCAGAAAGUGACAGCGGUCCUCAUCUCUUCUACAGUCCUUACGAGUUAUAAAACGCCAUGAAAGACGACUUUGCAGACGAGGAGGAAGUACAGUCUUUUGGAUACAAGAGGUUUGGGAUCCAGGAGGCCACCCAGUGCACCAAGUGUAAGAAUGAAUGGGCGCUGAAGGCCUCCAUAGCUCUGCUCUACCUGCUGUGUACUCUCCUCACCAUCGCUGUUGCUGUGCUGGGAUAUAAAGUCGUACAAAGAGUGGACAGUGUGUCCGAAGGUAUUGCCAACUAUGGAGGAAAAAUUGUUGCUGUUGAGACUGACCUGAAAAAGCUUGAUGAUCAAGCAGGGGAGAAGUCAGAAAAUACCACCACUGAGAUCCAGGCCUUUAAGAACAACAUCUGGAGUCUUCAGAGGCAGCUGUCUGCGGUGGAGGAACGUAUCCACAGUGAUCAAGUUAAGCUGAGUCAGCUGCAGAACAUUGACUCAAACAUACAGAACAGCCAGGGCUCCAUCCAGGGACUAGUGGAUAGCAACACUGCCACCUUGCACUCUGUGAAUGGCACCCUGUGGUCUUAUGGCACCAUCAUAGAGGGGCUGCAGGAUGACACAGUAAGGCUGCAGAGAGAACUCCAGCAGCAGGUAAAACUUCAAGACCAGGCGCUGCUAAGCAUCAGCAGACUAAACUUCACGCAGGCCCAGCAGAGAGGCUUCAUCUCUGUUCUGCAGCGCUCAGUGGACGACACCAGCCAGGCCAUCCAGAAAAUGCGCAAUGACUUUCAGAGCAUGGAGCAGACAACCAGACAAGCACGAGCCGAUGCUGAGUGGCUUCGUAAUAAAGUGGAGAACCUACAGGUCAUGGCCAGCAAUGUCUCAGCUCUUGCUAAGGCAAACAACGACAGCCUGGACGACGUUGGAUCACAGCUUGCUUCUAUAGCCAAUCAACUCCAGAACACCAGCAGCCUCGCUGAUGCUCACGACCAAACUCUGAGAGAGAUUUUAGACCAGCAGAGGGACUUCAGUAACCUCACAUCCACUAAGUUUGACCGGCUGGAGGUGCGGCUGGAUGAGACGGAGCAGAGUAUGGACCGUGUAACCGGCAACAUCAGCUUCACCACACAACUCCUGGGCGCCAUCAACCUUAACCUGAACGGGUUACGCUCUUGUUCGGAGGCAGUUGGCCGUCACUCAGACUUCCUGCUUAUCCUCAACAACAGCAUGACAGAUGUCAGGACAGACUCAGACAGUCUGAGGUCCCAGCAGGAAGAGCUGGCAGCACGUGUUGACAAGGAGGUCACAAGCCUUUCUGUUGUCAUGGAGGAAAUGAAGCUGGUGGACACCAAACACUCACAGCUAAUAACCAACUUCACCAUCUUACAGGGACCUCCUGGACCCAGAGGACCAAGAGGGGACAAAGGGCCUCAGGGAUCAUCUGGUCAGACUGGCCAGAAGGGAGAAAAAGGUGAUAAGGGUUUACCAGGGAUACGUGGAUCUCGAGGAGAGCAAGGAACCCAAGGACCACCAGGUCUGCCAGGCUUGAAGGGCCUUCCCGGCGUACCUGGCAGCCCCGGCUCCAAGGGCUCACGAGGGUCAGGGGGGAGGGCCGGCCCUCCUGGAACUAAAGGGGAGCCAGGUACCUCUGGUCUUCCUGGGAGAGAUGGACAGCCUGGUCCCCAGGGGGCACAGGGCCCGCCAGGUAUCAGAGGCUCAAUGGGACCAGCUGGGGAGCAGGGGCCAAGGGGACUACCAGGACCAGUGGGGCCUCCAGGGCAACAAGGACCCCCAGGACAACCAGGAAUCCCAAUCCGGGUUCCAUUAGUUCCUUUGGGACCUGUUUCUCUGCAGGACGAGGCAGUAGCCCCCACACUAUGGGCCCCAGGUUGCCCCCCUGAGUGGGUAAAUUACAGAGACAAAUGCUACUUUUUCUCCAAAGACCUGCACAGUUUCGAUGAUGCAAAGGCAUCGUGUGAAUCUACAUCUGCUUCACUAGUGAUCAUAAACGAUAUGGAGGAACAGAAAUGGUUGAAGAAGCAGACCUUUGGAAAGGGUUAUUUCUGGAUGGGUCUGACCGACAGGGAGGUGGAAAACGUUUGGCGCUGGAUGGAUGGGACUGAACCUGUUUUCACAAAGUGGAAACCUGGUCAGCCUGACAACUGGGGCCAUGGGCAUGAAACGGGAGAAGACUGUGCAGGGCUCAUCCAUGAGGGGUUGUGGAACGAUUUCUUCUGUGAAGAUCUCAUAAGCUACAUCUGUGAGAAGGACAUGGAAACCUCAAGAUCGCCUGGAUCAUAGCAACGUCUGGAGAGGAAGCUUGCAGCGAGCAGCUAGACUUCCCCCAUGUGGUACUGGUCCACUGACACAGCACAUGGAGAGUCCGUACGGAGAGAGCAAAGGGACAAUCUUGAAAUGAGCGUAAGGUUGAGGCAGACAUUGCUCCAAAAGCUUAAGAGAUGCCUUUCUCCUCCAAAGUGAGCCCAGUUUAACUUUACCAGCAAGUGCAAUACAGCGGGGCAAACAAAGAAGGAGGACUUACCAAAUCAUCAUUAGAUUUAUAUAAAUCUAAAUAUUUUUAUGGUUAUUUGAAAUACAUUUUAUAAAUCUGUAUUCCAUGUGCAACUGAAUAUCUGAAUGUAUAUUUCAUUAUGUAAUUUUUGAAGGAAAUUAUGAACUUUAUGAAGCCAAGAGGACUUACCUUAGUACUUUUCAUAAAACGUCUUUAAAUAGAGGUGCAAAAUGAUGCGCAAAACACAAAAUGUCGCUGAUAUGCUGUCUUUAAUGAGGAACCUGUUAUCUUAGCUCAUGAAUGUUCAUAUAGCAUUUUCAUUUUUACCAGUAGAAACCUAUUUACACAUAAAUGCAAAAAAAAAAAAAAAAAUCCACAAUCAAUUUAAGUUUGUAGUUCAAAGACUGCACGUUUACACUUUCAUAAUCCCUGUAUGAUACAGUAUUAUGUGAUUAUAAAAUUAAUUUCCACUAUUAUAGCUGCUGAUGUGUUUAUGAAUAUGAAUCUGUGGAUCCUACCUAAAAGUACACAACGUGCCAUUUUCUCCUCUCAGGUCCUGUAAAGAAAAAACACUUGAGUUUAUACAACACUCCGACAGAUGAAGGAAACAAAUAAAUCUGUAAAACCUGGAA